GAGCGAGUGCCUUGUUUCCCUGGAGGUGGAUGGGAGAAAAGUCUAUGGAUACUGGGACACAGACGCUGAGGUGACGCUGGCCCAGCCCGAGGUGGUAGCUCCAGAUCAGAGCCACGCGCCAGGCGGUGGAGUAGCAUGGGAGAGCCCUGGCCGAGGCAUGGGCAGCGCUGAGGAGCCGGAGAGCCUGAAGCUGCUCACACAGGAGGGGGCGGCUGAGGACGUGACGAGCGGCUACCUCCACCCCUCCCGCUGUGGGGCCAUGAGGAACUGCUGCGGCACCGAGGCCAGCGGCACCGAGCCCGGCAGCCAAGGCAGCACAGAGAGACCAGCCCAGGCCCCCGCCAUGGCCCAGCAGUCCUCACCAGAGCCCGCGGCUGGCAGCCGAGCCUUGGCUCUCAAGGGCCCCGGAGCGGGAGCCAAGCGAACGCCUGUGGCUGUGAGCUGCUUGGGACAGAACGGCGAGCGGAGCUUGGGCCCCUUGGCGCGGCCCGACGGCUCCUUCGUCCCCCAGGGCCCUCCAGCGGGGGUGGGCGCUGCCAUGACCAGCCCGGGGCCGUGCCUCAAGGGGCACAGCAAGGACCUGCCGAGCGCCCCGGCUGCUCUGAAACACGUUGCAUUUCUUGAACCAGCCGACACAGACCCUGAGCCAGACGGUGCUGGAGCCGCUGCGGUCAGUCUGGAGCUGGGUCCGGUGCCUCGCACAUGCCCGCAGGACCGAAGCCAAGAGCAGCCUGGGGCCUGCAAGGGAGCCGUGUCCCAUUGGAGUGUGGGAGCCCCCGGCACAGCACCGUUGUCCGAUGAUGGCGUGGGCACACCCUGUGGAGACGCUGGUGGGAAAGCACCUGCGUCUCUGGCAGAGGCCAAGGCCCAGCUGGGACCCCCGGCUGCCCCAGGACCAGGCGGCAACGGGGACAUGGCGCUUCCUUCUCCUCUGGAAGCGACCAAGGAAUCCACCCCGGGAACGGAAGCAGCGUUAGGUCCAGGAACCAGGCUGGAUGCAGGCCCGACCCCGUCAGCCCGAGCCAAGGAGACCAGUCCUCCUGCCCCUCUCUCCAUCCAGAAAGCUGGCCAGAGGCCCCCUCUGCUGCUGCUCCCAGCAAGUCAGGGGGGAGAGCCAGGCGGCUGCAGCUGAGGCCGGAGGGGGACCCG